UCAGGCGUUUGUGCAGAAACAUUUCUCCAGUUCAACAUCGACAUCCGAAACUUCUAUAUCGUUUAUUUUAAGUAAAGCCUCCAGAACGAUUUUCUGAAAGGAAUUGUUUCAGGAAAAAGAAAGGAUGCGGCAUGUAGUGCUUUUGCUCCUCGGAGCUCAUCUUGUCUCUGCUGGAACACACUCUCUGAGAUACUUCUUUUCUGCUGUGUCUGGAAUCAGUGACUUCCCAGAGUUCACUAUUGUUGGUCAGGUAGAUGAUCAGCAGUUUAUGUAUUUUGACAGUAAGAUAAAGAGAGUUGUGCCGAAGACAGAGUGGAUCAGACAGAGUGAAGGAGCAGAUUAUUGGGACAGAGAGACUCAGACUAGUAUUGGUGCACAUCAGGUCUACAAAGUCAACAUCCAGAUCCUAAAGGAACGCUUCAACCGGACAACAGGUGUGCACACAGUCCAGGUGAUGUACGGCUGUGAUUGGGAUGAUCAGACUGGAGAAACAAAUGGGUUUCGUCAAGAAGGUUAUGAUGGAGAGGACUUUCUGUUUCUGGAUCUGAAGGAGAUGAGAUGGAUUUCUCCAGUGAUGCAAGGAAUCAUCACCGUACACAAGUGGAACAAUUACAGAUAUGAGUUUGAGGCUAAAAAACAUUACUUCAGCACUGUGUGCAUCGAGUGGUUGAAGAAGUAUCUGGAGUAUGGAAAGAGCAGCCUGAAGAAAACAGUCUCUCCUCAGGUGUCUCUGCUGCAGAAGUCUUCCUCGUCUCCAGUCUCGUGUCAUGCUACAGGUUUUUACCCCAAAGAUGUAACAAUCUCCUGGAUGAAGAAUGGACAAGAUCAUGAUGAAGAUGUGGAUCUUGGACAACUUCUUCCUAAUGAAGACGGGACCUUUCAGAGGUCGAGCGAACUCAGAGUUACUCCUGAAGAGUGGAAGAACAACAAGUUCAUCUGUGUGGUGGAGCAUCAGGGCAAAACCAAGAGAGCGAAUGAGAUCGGGACUAAACCGGAACAAGCACAGACAGCGGGUGGAAAUGAAGAAGCUGAAGUCUCUAGUCAAGAUGCCCUCACUCUCGCCGUUAAAGACGUGGCAGCUGGUCUACGGGAAAUAAAUCAGUCACUGAAUAAACUGAUAGCAUUGCUUGCCAGUAACAGAAGUGCAUAAAUGUGAAAUAAAUAUUCCUUAAAACUUUUUUGCAAUCGUUAAAAACACUAUUACAAAUGCCAUUUACUCAAUUAUACAAUGUGCAUUACAGCAAACUAAAAAAGCUAUAAAAAAUAUAAAAUUAGAUUAUAUGCCAUUAUAAACAUUGUAUCAACUGAAGGCGUGCUUGAAGCGCUGCUUGGUCUGGCGCGUGCAUCUCAUCAGUGUGCCACAACUUUUAGUAUGUUACAGCUUGCAUCACAGAAUUAUUAUUAUUAUUAUUUUUAUUUUUGUCUUUAUCUGAAACCUCAGAUGCUGAAUGUUGGUUAAGUGUUUAAGGGGUCAUGACAUGGGUUUUUUUAUUUUAUUAUUAUGGUCCCCAAGGUGCAAUUAUAGUAUUACUAUAGUAAAAAAAAAAAAAAAACUUUUAAAAUGUAGUGAAUUAUGACAUUUUCCUACCCUGUUUCUCAUCCUUUGAUUCAAACAGUCUGUUUUGGGUUGUUUCCCCUUUAAGAGUUCAUUGUUAACGCCCACUGUUACGAUUGGCUAA